GUCAUGUAGGGAUCCCACCCCUUCUCUGUGUUUUCACUCUGAAGCUCUAUACAACUUUACACCUGAAUGAACGCCAAGCCCCUGUGGAUAUAUAAAGGGAACCUUGGGGAGGAAUUCCACAGUCAAUAGUGCAGAAGCAGAGGGAAAGAACUGAGCGGCUCCUCAGCCAAGCAAAUCCUCCACUCAGCAUGCUUCUCCCUGCCAGUCAUCUCUAUCUCAUUCCACUAAUGUGCAUCCUAAUGAAAAACUGUUUGGCUUUUAAAAAUGAUGCCACAGAAAUCCUUUAUUCACAUGUGGUUAAACCUGUUCCUGCACACCCUAGCAGCAACAGCACGUUGAAUCAAGCCAGAAAUGGAGGCAGGCAUUUCAGUAGCACUGGACUGGAUCGCAACAGUCGAGUUCAAGUGGGCUGCCGGGAACUGCGCUCCACCAAAUACAUUUCUGAUGGCCAGUGCACCAGCAUCAGCCCUCUGAAGGAACUGGUGUGCGCGGGCGAGUGCCUGCCCCUGCCAGUGCUUCCCAACUGGAUCGGAGGAGGCUAUGGAACAAAGUACUGGAGCCGGCGGAGCUCCCAGGAGUGGCGGUGUGUCAACGACAAGACGCGCACACAGAGAAUCCAGCUGCAGUGUCAGGAUGGCAGCACACGCACCUACAAAAUCACGGUGGUUACGGCCUGCAAGUGCAAGAGGUACACCCGCCAGCACAACGAGUCCAGUCACAACUUCGAGAGUGUGUCACCCGCCAAACCCGCCCAGCACCACAGAGAGCGGAAGAGAGCCAGCAAAUCCAGCAAGCACAGCCUGAGCUAGAACUGGACUGACUAGAAAGCAUCUGCUACCCAGAUUUGAUGGCUUGGAAGACUCGAGCCUGCCAUUGCUCUUUCCUCACUUGAAAGUAUACGCUUUCUGCUUUGAUCAGGCCCAGCAGGCUGUCCUUCUCAGGACCUUCUCUGGGACUAGCUUUUCCUUUGCAAGUUUCUCAAGAUGUAAUGAGUACAGUUUGCAGCGAGAGCCAGGCAUCCUGUCGUUUCCAUUCUUUAAAAGCACCUGAUGCUGUUUAAACAUCCUCAGUAUACAGUUUAAAAGGCACCAUUCC